AUGGAAAGUUUUGGGAGUUUGGAAGCUAUUGCUUUAGCAUAUAGCUAUAAUGAUUGGAUUUAUGUUAUGGCAGGAGAACAUGGCCAUUACAACUUGCUCCCAACUGCUUUCGAGGGUUUCUCACAACCAUUGGAGGACUUAUUUACCGAGCAUUAUUUCGAAUACGAGUGCCUGAGACAAACCUACAUUUUGGAAGACUUCUUAGGAGAUUGGACCAAGCAUGAUGGUUAUUGGAAAUACAACAAAUCGAUAGAGAAACCCCUUUUGGAUGACAGAUCAUACGAAUUAAUAAGGCUAGACAACGACCUCCAGGUAUUGCUGGUGUCAGAUCCAAGCGCGGACCUUGCAGGAGUCUCACUGGAUGUCGGUGGGACAGAGGAUUUUCCUGUAGAAAACGAAUAUAAGAAAUAUAUAAAGAAACACGGAGGAAUGACAAAUGCAUCUACCAGUAGUAGUACAACUACCUAUCACUUCCAGGUACAAUCACCUUUCUUGUCCGGAGCAGUACAUCGCUUUGCUGGCUUUUUCCACUCUCCUUUGUUUGCGUCUAGCUGCGUGGCGCGAGAGCAAAUGGACAAUCGAAGGAUCUAUCAACUUUGGAAAAGUCUUAGUGACACAAAUCACGCGUGGAACAAAUUCGGGUGUGGUAGCAAGUCGACGUUGAUGGAAAAUGAUUCAACAGAUGGGGAGGCACAGACAAGGGCACGAGUUGUUGAGUGGUGGAAGAAUAAUUACUGCUCCAGCCGAAUGAAAGUAGCGAUCAUAGGCGCAGGUGAACCAAUAAAACCUCGGCCCAUUGCCCUUGACGAAGGAACACCCUUGGGAUGCGACUGCUCAACCAGUAAGAAUCACACAGAAGUCAGAUCUCGAACUCACAAUGUGAUAGAAAAUAGUCUUUGUGGAGACAGUCCAGGAUAUCCAGCGGGUCCAGGGUCGGCAUUUUACCUGUUGCAUCAACGAGGACUCGCAACCUCUCUGUCAUGCGGGCUGCACGCUGCAGGCAGAGGUUUCUCAUUGCUUCAUAUAGACAUCACCCUUACAAAAGCUGGCCUAGGUGUGCAAUUUGUCAAUUAUCUUCCUCAUCACUUUGAGGAGAUUCAGCGGAUGAGCGAAAUUAAUUUCCUCUACACAUCAAAAUAUAAUCCCGAUGCAUAUGCCAAAAUGUUAUCACAGGUGAUGAACGACGAUAUAGGACGCGAACACAUCUUAUCUGGGGGCGUUUUUGACUGGAAAUUUGACCCACUCAAUAUCGAGCACCUUAUUUCUUGUCUGACGCCUCAACAAAGCAGAAUCUUUGUUGCGGCCAAAAAUUUCAAUGUCCUCCAGCUUAGUGGGAGUUGGGAAAAGGAGCGGUGGUAUGGAACCAAGUUCUUGCAACAGGAGUUCUCCCCAGCCACCUUGAAGAAAUUAUCUUCCGAGGAAGUCUCAGCAUUAUACCUUCCCGGUAAAAAUGAGUUUCUUCCAAGUUCCCUAGAUGUGGAUAAGAUCCCGGUUGAAAGCCCCCCGAAAUUGCUAAAUCCACCGAACGGUACAUCUUAUGGCACAAGAAAGAUGAUCAAUUUUGGCAGCCACGAGGCUCAAUCACUGUCAAACUUCAGAGGUAGUACAUGCCUCUCCGUUUGUCGUAUAGAUCUGUUGACUUUGUUCAGCCCUUUGAUGACAGGAAACCUGUCUCCGAUCAGAAUCUAUGUCGGAAUGGUCUUGGAUGCCUUGCAAGGACCUGCUUAUAUGACAACCUUGGCUGGAAUCUUCUUCGAUAUCUAUGUCGACGUUGACGGGAUCGUAGUCGAAGUCGUGGGAUAUAAUGAUAAACUACGAAAGGCGCUCGAUAUGAUAUUACUACAUCUUGUAAACUUGGAGAUCGGCCGGGUCUACGAUAAUGUCUAUAUGAGACAAUCGGGAGAGGUCACCGAUAUAUUUCUCUCACAAGCCAGGUCGGAGAAGCUUAUGACCGCUCCCGACAAGCGAAAGGAGCUAAAUGAGAAUUCGGCUAUAUCAUUCUAUUGCCAUGUGGGGGAUGUGGCAGAUCUCAGAACCAGGGCCCUCAACUCUUUAUUGAGUUCGAUGAUCAACGAACCCUUCUUUAACGUGAUAAGGACUCAGGAGCAGCUCGGCUACAGCGUGUCUUGUAUAUCAUGGGCAUCAACGUCUAGUUUAGGCCUUCGAUUCCGUGUUCAAAGCACCCGACAUCCCAAGUUUCUGGAAUACCGGAUCGAGGAAUUUAUCAAUACUUAUCGGGAAACCCUCCGGUCAAUGUCGCCGGAGGAAUACCGUGAACACCGAAACGGCGUUGUGGAAAAGAAACGGAAGAAGUUGGUCAAUCUUGGUGAAGAAAGGGCUAGAUACUGGGGGCAUAUUGACAACGAAUAUUUGGAUUUUGCUCGUGCGGAAAAUGAAGGCCAAGAGGUUGAAACGCUCGAGCUGCAGGAUCUCAUUGACUUUUAUGAACGCUUCGUGCACUCAUCAUCGCCGUUUAGGAGCAAACUUUCAGUUCGACUAACCUCACAGCAGAUCACGAAGGGGGAUGAUGAAUCAAAUGGCUAUCUCACUGAAGGGAACCGCCAGCCCGAAAUAUUUGAAGAUAUUCAAAGACUGAGGGAGAGAAUGACGGUAUCAG